AUGACUCUCAAGAUCUGGGCGUCACCUUUCUCGUGGAACAGUCUCCGGCCUGAUCUUGUUUUGGCGGAGAAAGGCAUCACCGACGUUGAAAUAGGACCGGCCGACAUCAUCACUGGCAAGCAUAAGACCCCAGAGUUCUGGGAAAAGUCCAUCUUUGGGAGAAUUCCUCUCUUGGAGGAUGGCGAUGUUGUCAUGUUCGAAUCCCGUGCCGUCUCUCGUUAUCUGGUCCUGAAAUAUUGGGAUGUCGGACCCAAGUUGAUGCCCGUGUUGACCGAUGCGAAGACAAGCGGUAUUUGGGAAAUGUGGCUCAUGUUGGAGCCGGUGGAGUUUGAUGUCCAUGCUGUCCCUAUCAUCGGACAGACUGUCAUUCAGCCUGCCAUGGGUCAGCCUCCAGACGAAGCAGUUCUCGCCAGACACAAACCCAAACUCGCCCAUUGUCUGGACGUCUUGGAUAAGACGCUGUCGAAAAUGCCAUACAUGGGAGGCGAUGAGUACAGCCUUGUCGACAUCUCUUACAUGCCGAGCAUGUAUAUCGUCACUAGAUGUGUGGACGUCUUUGGAGGGAGACCAAAUCUCCAGAGGUGGUGGGAAACCGUCAGCGCUCGCGAGGCAUGGAAGAAAGUUGUGAAGCCUCUUGACGAGGGAUAUAGCCAGGUAGUUUCAGGCUGGAACAAAUGA